UAUAUGCAGUGAGACGAGAUAGUCCCUGGCGGAGGGAUCUCAGCUAGGGGCGGGAGAGGCUAUAUAAGGGUCGCGCCAGCGCUGUGACGCAGUUAGAUCCGCUUGACUCUUCGUGACCGGCAGUUUGUGUGUCUGUCUGGAGCGCCGUCCUUGCGAAAAUGCAGAUCUUUGUGAAAACCUUGACAGGGAAAACGAUCACCCUAGAGGUAGAGCCCAGUGACACCAUUGAGAAUGUCAAGGCCAAAAUCCAAGACAAAGAAGGCAUUCCUCCAGAUCAGCAGAGGCUGAUCUUUGCUGGAAAGCAGCUGGAAGAUGGGCGCACCCUGUCGGACUACAACAUCCAGAAAGAAUCCACCCUGCACUUGGUCCUGCGCCUCAGAGGUGGUAUGCAGAUCUUUGUGAAAACCUUGACUGGCAAAACCAUCACCCUAGAGGUAGAGCCCAGUGACACCAUUGAGAAUGUCAAGGCCAAAAUCCAAGACAAAGAAGGUAUUCCUCCAGAUCAGCAGAGGCUGAUCUUUGCUGGAAAGCAGCUGGAAGAUGGGCGCACCCUGUCGGACUACAACAUCCAGAAGGAAUCCACUCUGCACUUGGUCCUGCGCCUCAGAGGUGGUAUGCAGAUCUUUGUGAAAACCUUGACGGGCAAAACCAUUACCCUAGAAGUAGAGCCCAGUGACACCAUUGAGAAUGUCAAGGCCAAAAUCCAAGACAAAGAAGGCAUUCCUCCAGAUCAGCAGAGGCUGAUCUUUGCUGGAAAGCAGCUGGAAGAUGGGCGCACCCUGUCCGACUACAACAUCCAGAAAGAAUCCACCCUGCACUUGGUCCUGCGCCUCAGAGGUGGUAUGCAGAUCUUUGUGAAAACCUUGACGGGCAAAACCAUUACCCUAGAAGUAGAGCCCAGUGACACCAUUGAGAAUGUCAAGGCCAAAAUCCAAGACAAAGAAGGCAUUCCUCCAGAUCAGCAGAGGCUGAUCUUUGCUGGAAAGCAGCUGGAAGAUGGGCGCACCCUGUCCGACUACAACAUCCAGAAAGAAUCCACUCUGCACUUGGUCCUGCGCCUCAGAGGUGGUAUGCAGAUCUUUGUGAAAACCUUGACGGGCAAAACCAUUACCCUAGAAGUAGAGCCCAGUGACACCAUUGAGAAUGUCAAGGCCAAAAUCCAAGACAAAGAAGGCAUUCCUCCAGAUCAGCAGAGGCUGAUCUUUGCUGGAAAGCAGCUGGAAGAUGGGCGCACCCUGUCCGACUACAACAUCCAGAAAGAAUCCACUCUGCACUUGGUCCUGCGCCUCAGAGGUGGUAUGCAGAUCUUUGUGAAAACCUUGACGGGCAAAACCAUUACCCUAGAAGUAGAGCCCAGUGACACCAUUGAGAAUGUCAAGGCCAAAAUCCAAGACAAAGAAGGCAUUCCUCCAGAUCAGCAGAGGCUGAUCUUUGCUGGAAAGCAGCUGGAAGAUGGGCGCACCCUGUCUGACUACAAUAUCCAGAAAGAAUCCACUCUGCACUUGGUCCUGCGCCUCAGAGGUGGUAUGCAGAUCUUUGUGAAAACCUUGACGGGCAAAACCAUCACCCUAGAGGUAGAGCCCAGUGACACCAUUGAGAAUGUCAAGGCCAAAAUCCAAGACAAAGAAGGUAUUCCUCCAGAUCAGCAGAGGCUGAUCUUUGCUGGAAAGCAGUUGGAAGAUGGGCGCACCCUGUCCGACUACAACAUCCAGAAAGAAUCCACCCUGCAUUUGGUCCUGCGUUUAAGGGGCGGUAACUGAACUUGCUCCUACUAGCAUUUGAAUAAAAAUUUCACUGCACCUUGUUCCAAUAAAGCUGUUGCAUUCACAA